CAUGAUUGUGACUGCUUGUCUACAGUGGCUGACGUGAUUCAUGAUUGUGACUGCUUGUCUAGCUUUAUUAAGUAAGGGAUUUUUUUUUACACUGUUUGUAAACUGAUAUGUGACACGCAAAAAACAGGCAAACUUUAAUAGAUUUUUCUAUUUUGGGGGGGCUAAACAGGUAAGGCUCUGCCCCACCUGCCUUGAAUGACAGGUCAACACUACUAGGCAGGCCAAAACUCCUUCCCACCAAAACAGGCUGAAAAUUCAAGCUCUCUUUUCAAAAUGCUCUUACAUCAAAAAGGGAAUUAUCAUAAUGUUCACAAUAUUAUUCCAAACCUCAUAGUGUGGAAAUAUAUUCACAACACGGGAUUAUCAUGUUUUGAUUGUAAUGGGACUUUAAUGAUUAUGUUGAGGGUGAAACGUUCUUUGAGCCAACUGUUUCCUUACGGACUACAUUUCCCAGAGUGCCUCAGCGUCGUAUUGAUUUGAUAAGCAGCCGGAAGAGAUGAUGACAGAGGAAAUGUCAUCCUGACGAGAGGUAGGACUGCAGCCACAAGGUGAAGUUUUGUACAGGGAGAAAAUUCAAUGGAAUCCUCAGCAGACAAGCAGUCGAAGGCACUCCUUGACAGAAUGACCAACUCUCAGACCAAUUUUAGAGUAUCUGAACAGCAUGAAUGUCCAGACGGCCAAAGCACUGCAGCCCACAGGGGUACUGAGCAGGGGGAUGAUGCCUUCUUUGACUGUGAGGAGUCUCUGAAUGGAGCAGACGGCUCCAUGGGUGACAGACAGAGAAGGACUGACUGUUCAGAAGCCCCAUCAUUAUUCCAGGAAACAGAGGGGUCACCGAACACAGAGAAAAAACAUGUCAAAGCCGAGUUGUUAGGAGGAGAAGCCGAGUUGUCAGGGGGGAGAACUACAUUAUUGGGAGGUGAAGAAGAGGGAAAAGAAACUUGGGAUGAGUGCACCGAAGAAGACAAGAGUAUGGCAGUUGAAGGGGGAGAUUCUGAUACUGAACUGAAUGAAGAAGAGAACACUCCUCCUGAAUUUGAUGAGGAGUAUCUGAGAAAAGUGGAGAAAGACAUGACCGAGGAGGAAACAGAGAGCCGCAGAGAGGAGAGCAUGAGCCUGAAGGACAAGGGGAACAGUCAGUUCAAGAGUGGAGAGCACACUGAGGCAGAGGAGUCGUACACUGCAGCUUUGGGAUUAUGCCCUGUGUGUUCCAGCAAGGAGAGAGCUAUCCUCUUCUCUAACCGUGCUGCUGCCCGCAUGCACCUGGAUAAGAAUGAGAGAGCCAUCGCUGACUGCACCAAGGCCAUAGAGUUGAACCCAAACUACAUGCGAGCGAUCCUGCGGAGGGCAGAGCUCUAUGAGAAAACAGACAAGCUGGAUGAGGCUUUGGAAGACUACAAGGCUGCUCUGGAGAAAGACCCCGACCUGCCUUCAGCCAGAGAGGCCUGCAUGCGGCUUCCACAACAGAUCCACGAGCGAAAUGAGAAGCUGAAGGACGAUAUGAUGGGCAAACUGGAGGACUUGGGCAAUAUGUUCCUGCGGCCAUUUGGUCUGUCCACAUCAAACUUCCAGGUAAACCAGGAUUCGGGCACUGGAUCCUACUCUGUCAACUUUGUUCAGAAUCCUAACAACAACAACAACAGAUCACAGCAUGAGGAGCCUGUCUGAGAGCCGUCGUCACACCUGGCUUGGCCACCCAUCCUCAGAGCUAAGGGACGGACAGUCAGGACCCUCCACUGGUGUGUCAGAGUGGGAUCCAUUUUGAAAUGUAAAAGAUGGUUAAAUAAGAUUGUGUGUGAGAGAUGGUGGGCAAUCUGAAAGGGCCAUUAAAUUAUCAGUGACUGGUA